CUGGUUAGCCUCACACCAAAUCAGAAAUCACCGAUUAAUCCCCGGAUUAGGCGCGCGGUCGCUUUAAGAGUGCUCGUGCCUCUCUAGCCGGUGGCAUUUAAACGUUUAUAGAUUCAUCGUAGUGUAGGCGUCACACUAGCUGCAUGCGUGCCUUGGCUGGUGCUUCAAUUUAGAGUUUACAUUCACAGCACACACGCACUCACAUACACCGAGCCAUGGCUUCAGUGAGUGUGGUAGGACCAGGACAACAUCGACCGGCUCCCGACCACCAGCUAGUCUUUCAUAAACUAAAGGCCGCCGGGAGGAAUAAAAGAACGUUACCGUGGAAAUCCUCCGUGGACAUCAUCCUCGGGAAGAGCUCGGUGACGCGGGAGUGCGGUUCGGUUUCGGCGGUAUCAGCAGUCACAGCAUCCCCACUAAACCCGUCCCUGACCCCGGGACAACAAGGAGCCGCAGCCGGGGUAGGAGGGGGGGAUCCCGGGGUGAGUCGUGAGGCUCAGCCGGUGCUGGUGCCACGUAGUUCAGACAGAGAGAGCGACAGCAGCAGCCCUGACUGUGGAGACACUACAGUGGCGAGGGAGAAGGACACUGGUCAAAGCGGACGGAGCGGUAGCGGGAAUGAUUCAACCCGUGAUCGAAGGAGUUCCCUGAAGAUCCUUACAAAUGUUAUGUCAAGCACGUCAGCUGACACACAGAUGACAGACGUCAAGUGUGACAGAUCAAGCGCGCCAACAAACGGACACAUGGGAGCACACUCACAUCGGGACCGUCCGGUCAGAAGGCGCGCAUCCCACAGCCCCAAUGGUCAGACCACCAGGCUGGUGACCAAAGGGGACACCGGGGGACCACCGCUGGAGCGGUUGACACAGGGAAGGACCGGGGUCGUUAAACUCGCGCGCACAGAAUCCCACCGAAGGGAGGUCUGGUCAAUAUUUGGCCCCCAGGAGCAGGAGGACGCGCGCGUGCGGUCGGAGACAGGAGAGGGCCACACGUUUGGGACCAGAACCGUGACUCGGGACUGGUGCGACGUCUGUAACCAGCGGAUCAGUGUUCAGCAGGCGCUCAAGUGUAAAAACUGCAACUACACCUGUCACCAGGAGUGUGGCGGGCAGGUCCAGCUGGACUGCAACCAGAGAGACAGCAACCCACGGGAAAGGACAUCUCCCAGAAGACACUGCUCCACGCCUCCUCAGUACAAGCAGAAAGAGGUCGAAGAGGAGAGAGGGCCCAAGGCUCUGUCAGAGGAAGAAUUACGGGCCAAGAUAGAGGACUACAACUCUACGGUCUCAGAGAAUGGCAUGAAACUGGGUGCUGAUGGUUUGUACACUGGCUUCAUUAAGGUCCACCUCAGACUAAGUCGACCAGUCACGGUGCUUGCUGUGGAGGGGACGGGAUUAGACGGCCAGGCGGAAAGACGGCCAAUGACUGUGUCAGAGGGCCAGGAGGGGGCGGGAGCAGGGUUCAGUGAGAAGCGGACGUCGUUCUACCUGCCCAGUGACUGUGUGAAGCAGAUCCACAUCAGUAGUACUACCACAGUCAGGGAAGUCAUACAGGGCCUGCUGAAGAAGUUUAUGGUGCAGGAUAACCCACGCAAGUUUGCUCUGUACAGACAGACACACCGCGAUGGACAAGAUCUGUUCCAGAAGCUUCCUCUUGUGGAGUGUCCUCUUGCUUUGAGACUGGUGGUGGGUCCAGAUCCUGAGCUGCUCAGCUUCGUCCUCAAGGAGAACGAGACUGGAGAGGUGGAGUGGCAUGCGUUCUCGGUUCCUGAGCUGCAGAACUUCCUGGUGAUUCUGGAGAAGGAGGAGGCAGAGCGUGUGCGAUUGGUGGAGCAGAGAUUCGCAGUCUACCGACAGAGCUUGCAGAAGGCAUUACGGGAGGAUCAACCCUGACCCCUCACCCUUCAUCUCUCACUCUGACCUUUCAACCCUCGCCCUCUUUUGACCCAGGGAGAGACAGGAUCCCACUGAGGCUUAGAUUACUAUUCUCCCCUCAGGACACGGGCAGCCCCUCCCUCACUCCUCACAUCCCCUCUGGAGAAGGGAGGCGGGGUUGAGAAAGCACGGAAAGGGGAAAAGGGACUGUUUGAGGGAUGAGUGGACAGGAUGCUAGAACAAAAGAAGUCUGUGCAUCCCUGUGAGUAAAAAGACACUGAACUGAAGGACCGACCGUCUGACUUCGUUGGGGCUCGGAUAUCUUGGUUUGAUCUGACAAUCUGACCUGAUGGGUCUUCUACUGUUACUUUGAAUCUCAGUUUGGUCUGAGAAUGUUUUGAAGAUUCUACUGCUGCUGCCGCUGCUGCAAGUGUUGCUUACGCAUGAGUCUCACCUUGCUCUAUCUGCCCCGGUGCCCAUGCAUAAAGAUUUAGGACCAGAACAGACAUUACUAUUCAAAGCAACACUCCAUGGUGGGUGGACCAUUUGAAAUGUUCCGUUACUUGAUGUUUAUUAUAUCAACUCUCAUGUUGUCCCUGCAUGCCUUCUGUCCAGGGCCGAGGGUAGGAUGGGGGGGUUGUCAUGGUUGGAUUGGGUAGCAGGGUUGGUAUGGUGGGGUACAUCUGUGUAGGGUUAGGGUGUGGAAAAAGGAACACCAGAAUCCAUUCUCAUCUUCAGACUCCUCUCAUAUCAGUCCCAGGGAUGUACAGCAGUGUUUCUCAUGGAACCGCUCUAUUAAGCCCAGAAGGCUACAGAAUCGUAAGAAGACUUGAACAUCUCUGUCCUAACUUCUUUAUCCAGCACUGAAAUGAACCCUCUAUCUCAGGCGGCUAACUUGCACUUAACCCUGCGUCUCCCUCUACCAGAGUAGCCAUGCUAGUGUGGGAGGUCUUGUGCAGACAGACGUGUAUUUCAUAGGUAGAUGUUAUUCCCAUCUCUUCAGACAGCCAUUUGUGUACCCUGACAGCAGUCACACAUAUAUAUAUAUAUAUAUAUAUUUAUAUAUAUACAUACAGUGCCUUGCGAAAGUAUUCGGCCCCCUUGA